UUUCCCGGCAAGUUUUUAUAAGGGGAAAAUUGUGCAGUCCAAUCCGUUUUCUUAAUGCAUAUCAUAUUAUUGAAAUCAAAUGUAUCACUUACUGUGCAUAUAAUUGGUUUUUGUAUUGCACUUAUUGUUUAUUAAUUUGUAUAUAACUUCGAAUUAACACUCGUGCACAUUGUACUUCACAUUCACUUCACGACUAAAAACUAGUUCUAUGCUGGCGUUCAAUUGAAUUUCGUUAUAAUCGAUAGCAGUGGUUCAGUGAACAAAACGGAACUAGAACAAACAUUUCUUUCGACCGCGUCACUUAUUACUUUUUUAAAAUAACUUAUAACGUGAAUUGUUUAUAAAUAAUCAUAUGAACUUGCCACAAAACGCAUAAAAAAGUAACUAAACAUUAGUAAAAUCAGUGUGCACAAAUCGGAACUAAGAAAAGGUCUUAUGCAAAGCGGAUCGCCAAUUUUGAACGUGCAGAAAAGGACGCCGACGCCAAACAGAAAUUAAACGCCGCAUUCCAGCAUUCCCUUAUCCCUAUUCCAACAUAUUACAAAGAUGAGCAAAGAUAUUUACUAUUCGGAUAAAUACUAUGAUGAGAAAUUUGAGUACAGACAUGUGGUCUUGCCGAAAGAGCUUGUGAAGCUGGUGCCCAAAACGCAUCUAAUGACAGAAACCGAAUGGAGAUCAAUCGGUGUGCAGCAGUCGCGCGGCUGGAUACACUAUAUGAUACACAAGCCAGAGCCGCACAUUCUGCUAUUUCGGCGUCCCAAAACGGAGGAGUAGCCUUACAAAAACACUCCCCGCACACGCACACAAAUGCAUACAUACACAUUCACACUACAUCUUACAUAUACGUAUAAGCAUACAUGGAAGCGUUCCAGCUGACGCGACGGCGCAGCUGCUUCUGCGACUGCGCAAAUGGUGGUAGCUGCACAACUGUUGCGGCAGCGGCAGCUCUUAACCAACAACAAAUCGAACACACGCACGCAUACACACUCAUACAUUUAUUCUGCUUUCUUUAAUAAUAUUCACACACUCACACACACAUAUACUGCUUAAAUCCUGGCACACAAGUGUUUCGUUGCUUUUGAAAUACUCUCCACAUAUAAAUUUCGAAAUUAUGAAUACGUUGCCAUAUUCCUAUUAUAUAGAGUUUGCCAUAUUUGAAAAAUGUAUUUCUAUAACUGAUUCCGCCUUAAAUUUGCAUUCCGUUUUGCUUUUAGCCAUAGCACAGUGGGCCUUUUAAUU